CUGAGUAGAUAAAAAAUGAAUGUUGAAAGCGCAACAGCCAAUGAUAUUAGUUUAAAAGAAGCCCUUAACGCGCAGUCCCUCGGGAAGAAACCACCUUCACAAGCUGAAACCCCUAGGUGAGACAGAGACACCCGCCACAAAGGCCCGGCGGCGGAGGGGGCCAGGGUCUCUGGUUUGAUUUGACGGCCCGCACCUGCGACGGCCCAGGGGGCGGGGCGAACGCCACCUCCCGCCGAGGCCAGCCGGGUACUCUCGCGCGAUGUCGGGCGGCGCGGAGGCGCGGGGGCGAAGGCCGGGCGUCGGGGUAGGAGUAGUGGUGACCAGCUGCAGGCAUCCUCGCUGCGUCCUUCUCGGGAGGAGGAAGGGGUCCUUCGGAGCCGGCAGUUUCCAGCUUCCCGGGGGUCACUUGGAGUUCGGUGAAAGCUGGGAAGAAUGUGCCCAAAGGGAAACCUGGGAAGAAGCAGCUCUUCACUUGAAAAAUGUUCGCUUUGCCUCGGUUGUGAAUUCUUUCGUUGAGAAAGAGAAUUAUCAUUAUGUCACCAUAUUAAUGAAAGGAGAGGUGGACACGACUCAUGAUUCAGAACCAAAGAAUGUAGAGCCUGAAAAAAAUGAAAGUUGGGAAUGGGUUCCGUGGGAAGAAUUUCCUCCCCUGGACCAGCUUUUCUGGGCACUGCGUUGUUUAAAGGAACAGGGUUAUGAUCCAUUUAAAGAAGAUUUGGAUCAUCUGGUAGGAUAUAAAGGGAAUCACCUAGAGGUGAACAAGAAGAUUCCCUGAUUAUUUUUUUCACAUAAAAGACAAAGUAAGGUCUGGUUAGAGAAUGAAAAAUGUCUACAUUUCAGAACAACUCCAUUUUAUCUGAAAAGUUUCCUAUAAUUGCCAGUUUAUUUACAGUCUCUUAAUAUACCCAACAUCCUUUCAGCCAGUGCUUGUGAAGAUUUUUCUGGGAUUAUGUCUUGAAUUGUCUUUCAGACUCAGAAAAUGUUGUAAAUGGUGAUACUGUAGUGAUUCUACUUUCCGUAUUUCUCUGUGACAUUAACUGUACUGUUUGUCAUUAAUCAGUUUGCAUGGAUAGUAUAGCAGGGUUUGUCUUAGUGUUUCAGUUCAAAUAGAGACCCUAAUUCAAGUGCUAACACAGUGUACUCAGUGCAGAACUUACCACAUUUGUUGAUUUUCCUCUUCUGUUUUAUUUAAGAUAAAAAAAAUUUUGGUGAUAUAUUGACAGUCCCUGCAACUAGAGCAAGCAGGACAAAUCAUUAGGGUGCAUUUCCCAGGCUUCUGAUUGAGAACCUAAACCAGAGAAGUAAGGCAGACAGUCCAGGACCUGUGUCCCAUCACUUAACCGGCCCUGUCAUUUUGGAUUUCUCACUUAAUCUCUGUGCGACCCAGCUUCCACGUGUGCAAAAUGCAAUUAGACUGGGGCAGCAGUACUCACAGUGUGGCCUGGGGAAGUCCUUGAAACCCUUUCAAGGGAACUCAAGGUCAAAACUGUCUUUGUCAUACAAAGACAUCAUUUGCCUCUUUCAUUCUCUUCUUUCCUGAAUGUACAGAGGAGUUUUCCAGAGGCUGUGUGAUAUGUGAUACUGUAACGGGCUGAAUUCAAGAAGAGAUUUGAGAUUCUGGCCCUUGUCUACUAGACUUGAUCUGCAAGAAAUCUGUAAAAAUGUGAAACAGUUCCGCUCUUCUCACUGUGUUUUUUUUUGUUUUUUUUUUAAAGAAAAAUGGCUAUUUUUAUGUUAAAGCAAUUUUUUUUUGUUACGAGUUUUUAUUGUUUGUAAAUGAAUUUUUUAAAAUUCUUAAAAUUUCUCAGUUUUAAUUCCCAUUAUAUAAAUAUCACUAGAUAAAACCUUGCAAAAACAAAACCUCUUUGGAGUCAUCAAUAAUUUUUAACAGUUUAAAGGGAUUCAAACACCAAAAGUAUGAGUGCUGCUGCAUUAGACCAUAAACUCACAUCCUUUUCUUUAUGAGCCCACUUCUGUAAAAUCCUUGCUUCUAGAGCUGGCUUUGGAAAGACUCAACUACUGUUGUAAUAAGUGCUACGGAAGGCUCUUUCUCCAACAAAAUGAGGAUCAUUUUUAAAGUUCUGUUCUUAAUUGUUUUCUUUUUUCAAAAGAUGUAUACUUUGUAUAGUUUACAAUUUACAAAUCUUAUUUUCUGUUUAAUUUUCUCAGUUUUUAAAUGUUAGAAUGUGCAAGGAACUUAAGUAAAUUAGUGUAUACUCCUUGAACUUCAGAUACACUGAUGAAUUUCACAAUUUUUCUACUCUUAUUUGAGUCCUCUACGUCCUUCCAUUUUUACUCCCUCAGUUGACUUAAUCCUUGUCUGUCCCUGGCUCCUCCCUAAAUGGUAGACAAGGGAGGCUUGAUAAGAAGAAACCAGACAAGUCUUAUAGAUGAAACUCCUCCAGAGCUUUACCUCAAAUGUAGUUGGUUGGGAGUUUAUAUUAGUACUUACACAAGCAGAUGUUUUAUAGCUUUGUAAGCUUAUCGCUAACCUGUGGAAUUUUUUCCAUAUCUGCUACUUUAAAUUUUUUACUUUAGUAGACAUACUCGUUAGGAAAUUAUGAGAUUUUUCGUUUGUUUGUUUUAAAUUUACCGAAUUUGACAUGAGGCUUACUUCAAUGGGAAAAAAAAAAACCAAACCCAAAAAACCCAUCCUGGGCUCUUAAUUAUAGUAAAAAGAUAACUCUCAUAUUAGAAAGGGAUUGCAUUUGUCCCAGCACCUAAUAUCCUCAGUUGGCAUCUGGUAAUCACAUUGUAAAUAUUUCUCUAAAUGAGUGAAUGAACAGAGCAGGAUCUAGAACUCUUAAGUAAUCAGUUAAUUCUUAGAUAGUUUGAGAAUUGCCUUUAGUAGAAAAAAAAAAACUAAUGCUGACUACUAACAAUAUCCUCAUAAAAUGAAAUGUCAGCUAGAGUUUCUGAAGGACAUCUCAUUCUGCCAGGACACUGGAGAGUCUGAAAUCAAGCCCUCGGGUUCCUCUUCAUGUAUUUGCUACAUCAAGCUCUGAGAUGUGCCCUCUCCUGAUACAGGCAAGCGCCCCUUCACUGGCCUUUGCAGCAUCCCAGCUGAGGUCUUCCCACCGGAGCGUGACGUGAAUUCGGCCUCCCUGAUAUCCACUUGGAAGAGGCAGUUCUUGGUUAUCUGGACUGCCAGCUUCCAGAUAAGGCAAAUGUAACUUCACAUGAAACAAGUCUCUUUUUGGGCAUCAGGGAUCGUGUUAACUGGAGACCGUGGAGAAAGCAAGCUCAGGGAGUCAUCUGUAUGGGAGAAAAGUCUUCCAGUGUAAAAAUUACUCACACGUUGAUGUUGCCUCACUAUUUUGUUUUAAUAAUUAUUUAUGUUAUACUUAGAAGUCAGUACUGCACUUGAGUAUUGUUUAUGAAAAAUGCAAAUUAAAAAUAACUAUACAUUGACUAAGAGGUUGUACCAAGCCUUCCAUUUUAUGGACUUCAAUAAAUUGAGCAAAUAAGUUUGUACUUAGGUACUCCAUAAGCAUUUCAUUUGCAUCUGCUGUGUGCCAAGUACCAUGAUUGGUGCUUAAUAAUAUUUGUUUUGUAAAUUGAGUCUGUCACACUUCCUUAAUCCCAGAUUCCAUUCUAGAUUUCUGUCCAUUUUUAUGUUUGAGAUGUGUAAGUAUUUGGCUUUUUGCAUAAUAGUAUUGCUUAAUAGCUUUAUAAGCAGCAGUGGAACUCACUUUGUCAGAACAACUCAUGGUCAAGAGGAGCAAAGUAGCAGGUAAGCCAGACUCCGCCAGCUUCAGUUUGACCUCACAUUCCUGGCCUCUGUUCUUUUUUUCUUCUUUACAGAUUCACUUUCCAGCUGUUUCUUGAUGACUCCCCAAACAACACUGUCUACAGCUGACUUUUUCCUUAAGCUCCAGACCCAAUCACACACCAGUCAUCUCUGCCUUACGUUUUCCACGUCUAACUUGAUACAUUCCAAACUGAAUUUCCUCUUGUAUUCAUUCCUCGCAGGGAAUGACUCUACAUCUGCUGAAUUGCUCAGAUUAGAUUCCCUUUCUUCACAUAAAAUAGCCACUCUAUCUUGUUCAUCCUGUUUUUUUCAUGUCUCUUGAAUCCAUCCUCCAUCUCCUUGUCCCAGUGCCUCCCCCCUGGUCCAGAUCUUCGUUUUCUCCCCAGUCUGUUCCUGCAGCUUUUCCCUCAGAUUGAUUGAUUGACUGGGGAUAUGAUACAAAAUUUACCAUCUUCAUCUUCUUAUUUAUUUUCAGCAGUACUCCUGGAGUGACUUUCCAAAAACAUGGAUUUGGUCAUGCCUCUUGUCUUCCCAGACUUCUGAGAAGUUCCCUACCACCUGUAUGAUAAAACUCUUAACCUGACAUGCAAGGUCUUUCAUAACUUUCCCAUCAUACCCCAUCACUUUCUCACACCCUAUAUUCCAGGCAUAUUUCUUUGUACUUCCUCAAGUGUACCAUACCUUGCCAGUGUCUGCAGCUCCUUCUCAAGUGAAUGUCACCCCACCCUUAAUCUGCCUUAACAGAACCUUACCCAUUUUUCAUACCUCACUUCCAAGUAUCCCUUCCUCUGAAGCCUUCUAAACUUAAGCCAACUGUGACACACUGUGCCUUAACUAUUUCUGUUGUAGCUUGACUUCAGAGGUGGCUUUUCAAUUAGCAAGGUUUUAGGCUUAAUUUAUCUGUGACACUUGUGUUCUUCUAAAGUCACCCACUUUUGUCUUCUGUAAACUUAAUUUCUAAUGGGUUGAAUUCACUCCUAAAGCAUUUGUGAAGCAAUAGAUUCUGCAGAUAAAAUGCUCCUACAACAGCUUCCUCCUUAAAAAUGGCUUAAAAUAGGUGCUCACUUACAGCACAUAGUUUACCUAAAUACUGUGUGAAGAAGAGGAAACAUGUUCACAUUUCAGGAAUCAAGUGUGACUCCUGGUGGGCAUUUACCGUGGCCAGGCACUGCCGUUGUGUUUUUGCGGUCUUCAGUUUGGCUCAGUGCUGUAAACCCCAACACACACCAUUGCUGUGUUCUGGUCAUCGCUUGCCUCCCCAGGAAAGGAAGCUCCUUCAGGCCAGAGACCGAGUCUUUCUAUUACAUACCCAGCAGCCAGUGGUGACUGGGAAUACUAAAUACCCAAAGUACACUGGUUGAGUAAAAAAUUGACCUUCUAGUAUUUAAUCCUCGCCCUGGGCUGGAAUAAGACAAGUCGUACUGAGGAUACUCAGAGGAGGGAAUGCAGAUACUGCGUUCCAGGUAUCUGUAGGGACACAAAGGAGAGCUGUUUCUAUAGGUGUAGGGAUGGGGCUAGAAUUUGAAAUAGAAACAGAGCUGCCCUGGUUAAAAGACAAAGCCCAAAAAGAAAUCCAAAUGCCGGUUUACUCCUGGUGAGGAACGACGCGGAAGACAAGUUCCUGUACUGUGGGGGGAUGUGGCUAAAUGAAGUGUUAAACGUUCCUUAA